AAGCGCAUAAAAGCGACAAUGUCCACCUUCAGUCUUCUUCACGGGCUAAUAGCGUAGUAAUUGCAUAUUUUAGUGAGUAAAGUCUGUAUCUUGUGUCUCAGACGACUGAACAUCAGAUAUUAUACUGACUGUACUGCCGCGCAAAGCCAUUGACCUUCUCGUUAUACCACCGGCGCUGCAGUACAUGCAAGACGAAUUAUAUUAUCCCACCUGUAGCGGCUUGCGUUGAACGCUGUGUCGCAGAUAUAAUAGUCCGACAAGAAACAAAACUUCAGGAACGUUACGUUGUUUCCUCGAGCCCACAAAACCCCCACAACAUGCACAUUUACGUAUUUUAAUUCAACGUUAGGUGCUAAAAAAUGUAUACCGUUGAGUUUCCGAUUUUAUACAUGUACAUUUAAAAGCGUAAUGUGUCAGACUACAUAAUUCCCAUCGUGUUUUCAGAUGGAAUUAUUUGGAGGGUGGCUCAUCCCAUCUGGAGGAGGGGGCUAUUCGCAGCAUCAGUGGACCCGAGCAUCAAUUCUCUUCGCGUAGCCUGUCAGUAGUUUAUCAAUGGGAAAUUCCACCUGACGGUUUUUCCUCAUGUGCGAUUCUCAGUUCCGCUCCGGAUUUUAACGUCUCUUGAUAACAACGGAAGUAGGUAGUUAAUUAAACAACUAGCGCUGUUUGUGCCAACGCUAAGGUCAUGCUAGCUAACGGAAUAUUGCUGCACCUGCACAUGAAAACAACGGACAGCGGUGCAUGAUAAAUCCUUGUUGCAACUCAAGUUUUAAAUCCAAUACAAACCAAUUUAAAGAACCAGAACCUAACAUUUGAAAAUAGAAGUUUGAAUGUCGUAAUUCUGUUAGCAUUUUUGAUGUAAUUAACUUCUACUGUAACUCUCUCUGAGUGUGCAAGGUGUUUGAACAAUAACAGACAUUUAUAUUUCUAUGCUUUGUCAAGGAAAAGUGUUUUUCUUUUAAUUGUACUUGAGGGCAUGGUUAAAGGUCUACCUCUGUUCUCUUCAUAUGCAUAAUCUGGCUUUGAAUUAUGCAGGCACAAGCUGCAGGUGAGAUAAACAAAUGGGUCAUAGCAUGAUUGUAGAUCUCUGCUUUUGUCUCUUUGCGUCUUGUAGGAAGUGUCGCGCCCACAUGGGCAGUGUUCUGGCUUUGUCUUCCAGUCCAGGCCGUCAGAACUGGCCUUUCUCCACGGACCCCCCUCCUUCUCACUGGAACGCACAUCCGGCUCACUGGGACAGUCCGCCACGCUGGGAGAGGAGAGAUGGCCGCCUGCCCAACCCGGGCAGCUUCCACUCUCUCCACAGGAGCUGCAAAGAUGUGUUCCCUCAACAGAUUGAGGGAGUCAAGAUGAUCCUCAAUAAAACUCUGAGCAGCUUCUUCAAGGUCAGUCAUACUCUCCACCUCAGUGCUGUCAAUCCUUCGUACUAUCGUUUCCACGUAGAGCAUCUGCAGUCUGAUGAUUACAGCAAGGACAAGGAUGCCCCAGCACUGAUCGGUGAGUUGGACUCUUCAGGCAGUCUGAACGGUCACGCUCUGCUGCAUCUCACUGAGCGAGUACGAGCCAGAACAGUCUUCCAGACCCAGCAGUCCCAGUUUGUGACGUGGCAGUUUGAAACUGAGUACAGAGGGAACGACUUCACUGCUGCUGUGACAGUAGCCAAUCCCGACGUCCUCAGAGAGUCGGUUAUCCUUGUGGCUCACUUCCUUCAGAGUGUGUCAUCUGGGCUGGUUUUAGGAGGGGAGCUGGUUUACCAUCGGGGCCGAGCAGAGGAAGGAGGCAUUCUUACUCUGGCUGGACAGUACUCAAGACCCAACUGGGUGGCGACGCUGAAUGCUGGGAAAGGAGGUGCCCAUGCUAGCUACUAUCAUAGAGCCAACAAACAGAUCCAAGUCGGGGUGGAGUUUGAGGCCAGUACCAGGACUCAGGAGACCACAACUUCAUUUGGGUACCAGAUGGAGCUCCCAGAGGCCAACAUGGUCUUUCGAGGUAUGAUCAACAGUCGGUGCAUAAUAGGAGGCAUGUUGGAGAAGCGUCUGACCCCGCUCCCUGCCACCCUGAUUAUGGGUGCCUUUGUCAAUCACAGAGGUGACAAGCUGCAAGUCGGCCUAGGCAUCAACGUGGGAUAAUCGUCCACUAACGUCUGCUGGAGGGACAGACAUCAAUCCAGAGACCUGUUUCAGAGGCAUCAUAGUGGCCCUAUCUUCCAGGGUAAAACACUUGAACCACCUGAGUAUCGUGGAUUGUUUGGGUGUUGAAGCUGAAAGUUGGGGCUUGAAACCUACCUCUCAAAAUGGAGGUGCUGUUGUCUGAUUGGACCAAACAGAUGUGUUUCUGUCCUCCUGAAACCAACCUAGACAACAGACAAAGGGAUCAGCGGCGUCCUGUAAACUGAAAAUAACGAAAGAUUUUAUACUGUAAGUAGUCAUAAAGAAAUGUAAUGAUUAUAGAUUAUAUUGAAAGAUAAUUGUCUUUCUCAUAUUUCACCCCAUUAGCUAUAGUUCUUGUAUAACUGACCUUUCUGCUGACCACUUGUAGAAACAGGAAACCUAUUUAGGAUAAGCAGUACCAAUGACCAAAUUCACAUUAUUCUUUCCCCAUUUUCCACUAUUGGCUUACCUUUUUAUUUAAAAAAGAAGUGGUCGGCAGAAAUGUGACACGGAUAAAAUUCUGCUCAAAUGCCAGAGUGAUCUUUUAAAACCGUGUGUAUGAGUAAGUGAUUGUGUGCACAUCUUGUUUUUGCCAGCUUAUAAAACUGUGCGAGACACCGCACGUGAACAAACAGCACCGUGAGAAGAGGUGCUGCUCCAUAUUGUAGCCUCCAGCGGAGGCAUGUAAGAGUGGCUAUGCCCCGACUCUGCUGAGCCAGGACUGUACUGUAUGAAUAUAGAUGAAGGCCCGUGGAAACACUGAUCUGUAUGCAACCUGCACUACUCACGCUGCUUCUGGGUAUUUCCAGUUCUGUUUAACUUAUGAAAUGUUGCAUACAUAUUAUUUAUACAUUAUUUAAUGUGAGCAGAGAGACAAGUGGAAGGGAGUGUCUUUUUGGACUUAAUUUAUUAAAGAAAUGUUUUUUA